GAGCAUACCGCAGCUUCGACAGUUCGCAACCGUCAGUCGGUUUUAACGCCACAAUUUAUGGCUCCUUCCCAUCAUAAUCAAAAGGAAAUGUCGGAUUGUGCUGUUUGGUGAACCAUGAGUACGCCAAGCAACGUCGCUGUGUAUCCUGUAAGGGAGGGAGCAUCUGAGGUCAUCGAAGUGGUGGAUGAUUACGGCUUCCUCUCCUCUCGCUCCGCCAACAACACCGACGUGGCAGAUACCGUCAUACUUGACACAGCAGCUUCCCUCACCUCGUCGGGCUCCUCCUGGGCCGCAGAAGCUCUCGGCGCCGAGGAGCGCUGGUGGGCAUCCGCUUUUCUCCUCUACCUUUCCUGGAAGUCCGCCUCGUAUCGGCCAGCGGAGCUCAUCGUCGAGGAUGCAGACAGCAGCUCUGUAGCAUCCUCUCCGGCUUGCAGUUGUCAUCAUACACACGGACGCCAGCAGCAACAACAAGAGACGGAUGCAGCGCUAGUAGAUCGUUGGUUCUGGAGUCGUUGGGAGGCACGACUACGUCAGUACGGCGGAUGCCCGCACAUGUCUCUGCGAGGGCUUCUCUGGGGUUUCUUUGCCGGUGCGUGGCAGCAGACCGCUGAGGCACAACACCGUGAGGCCACACAGUACGUGAUGACCCUUGCUGACCCAGGCCCUGCGUGGAUGCUUUCCAACCCAAACUACGCCGCCGCUCUCGAGGCGAUUGACCGUGACGUUGGUCGCACAUUCCCUCACCACGUCCUCUUCCACGGUGCCCUCUCGCGCUCUGCGGGUCAGCGCCAGCUGCGGCGGCUCCUCGGCGCGUACGCCGCACGCGAUCCGGAAGUGGGCUACUGUCAAGGCAUGGCCUUUGUCGCCGCCGUCGUGCUGAUGGUUGCACCCGAGACGCAGGCCUACCAGAUAUUCUGUGGGCUGAUGCGCGACGGCGACGGCGGCACGCGCCACAACCAGCUUGGUGAUCGCCACGGCAUGCGACAGCUCUACCGCUCCGGCUUCCCCCUUCUACAGACGCUGCUGCGCGAGCUAGAGCGUCACGUUGAGUCUCUCCUCCCCGCCCUCGCGGCGCACCUGCAGUCCAACGAGGUGCAAAUCUCCAUGUUCGCCUCGCGGUGGUUUCUGACGCUGUUUGUGCACCAGCUGCCGCCGCCGCUGCUGCUGCGUGUGUGGGACUUCUUUCUAGUGCGAGGGUGGACGGUGAUGGUGCAGGUGGCGGUGGCACUGCUGCAUCAGGAGCAGGGCGAAUUGCUCAAGCUCGAUUUGGAGGGUGUUCUCUUGCGUUUGAAGUCGCUACGAUCGCGACGGCAGAAUGGGGAGGAGCUGCUGCGACGUUUAUGUAGCGUUCCGCUGUUGUAA